CAUGUACGGAAGCUUGGGCAAGACUAAUGAAUGAUAAAAGACCCUGUGAGAGACAGGCCCAGUCUAUAGCCAGCAUUAGGCUUCAGACAGCUAUCACUGCUAACAAAGCCAAUGGUUGGGGCAAAUCACUCCGUGGUGUCAGAGUUUGUGUUCCUGGGACUCACCAAUUCUUGGGAGAUCGACCUCUCCUUCAUCGACCUGGGUGUUUCCUCUGUCACUUCUCCCAAGAUGAUGUAUGACCUGUUCAGAAAGCGCAAAGUCAUCUCCUUUGGAGUCUGCAUCGCUCAAAUCUUCUUCAUCCAUGUCACUGGCGGUGUGGAGAUGGUGCUGCUCAUAGCCAUGGCCUUUGACAGGUAUGUGGCCAUAUGUAAGCCCCUCCACUACCUGGCCAUUAUGAACCCAAGAAUGUACAUGUUCUUCUUAGUGGCUGCCUGGAUGAUGGGCCUUAUCCACUCUGUAGUUCAAUUGGUUUUUGUAGUAAACUUGCCCUUCUGUGGCCCUAAUGUAUUGGACAGCUUUUACUGUGACCUUCCUCGGUUCAUCAAACUUGCCUGCACAGACACGUACCGACUGGAGUUCACGGUUACAGCCAACAGUGGAUUCAUCUCUCUGGGCUCCUUCUUCACACUGAUCAUUUCCUAUGUUGUCAUCAUUCUCACUGUUCUGAAACACUCUUCAGCUGGUUUAUCCAAGGCUCUGUCCACACUUUCAGCUCACAUCAGUGUGGUAGUUUUGUUCUUUGGUCCUUUGAUUUUCGUCUAUACAUGGCCAUCUCCCUCCACACAACUGGAUAAGUUUCUGGCCAUCUUUGAUGCAGUUCUCACUCCUGUUUUAAAUCCUAUAAUCUACACAUUCAGGAAUCAAGAAAUGAAGGUGGCAAUGAGGAAAGUAUGCAGACAACUAGUAAAUUGCAGGAAGAUCUCCUAA